AGACAGGCAUGCUGUGAUCAAGUGUAUGCACUGACACACGCGUCCUCUUCCGGGUGUAUUUGAAAAGACUUUCACUGAGCUGUGGAGGGACUCAGUGUGCUCGAAUGAUACAAACAGCAGCUCAAACUCAAGCGAAAAUCAUUUAUAUGAAAAGAGCUGUGCAACAAGACAGGGAUCAGCUAUAAACUGAGUGCAGGAAUGUCAGAAGCUAGUUUUGAUUCAGAGAAGAAUGCCUCACAGGAUAAACAGUCGGACCCUACAGAACAGGGCCCUCAAAAUACAGAUGACUCUCUGAGGCAAUCAGAGGCAAGCGAAAACAAACUGGACGAAACAAACAUGACUGAAAUUGACAUCAGUGAGAACAAGGAAGUUGAAAACCACAACCAUACUAUGAACAAUGAUGGUAACGAAGAUAAAAAUGAGGAUUCUCAUGCCCAGGUUAAAACUAGUGAAGUCCUUAAAGAUCGUAAGGAAAAUGCUGAUAUAAAAACUACCACCAAUGUGACAUCUAUGAUGACAGAAGCUGAUGUAAAGGUGGCUAUGGCAGAAGAGGCCAACAGAAGCCCAGCUGCUCAAAUCUCAGUCACCAGAAACGGAGAAUCGGACAGGGGUCACGAGGAUGUGUUUCAUAGGGAUGUGCCACAUACUAUCCCUGGACCAGACACGUCACACUCCAACAAUUCACCUGAAAACUAUGCAGCUACUGAAGGAGUGGUCCAAAUGCAUCCACACCCAGGGGCGUCAGGCCAAGCCACCAAACCUACAGUUGUUCCCAGUCAUGCGGCAGCCAGCCGGCUAGCUCGCAGCAUCAGCGAUAGUCAGGUGGAGACACAGAAAGGUGCUUUAAGAGAGCAACAGACAGGAGCCGUGGUCCUUUCUGAUGACAUGAAGAGCCCUGCUUUGGAGAAACUGGAGCUGGUGAGAAAGUGGAGCAUCAACACGUAUAAAUGCACUAAGCAGAUCCUGUCAGAGAAGUUAGGUCGUGGCUCCCGUACUGUAGAUCUGGAGCUGGAGGCUCAGAUCGAGGUUCUUCGUGAAAACAAACGCAAGUACGAGCACGUGGUCAAACUGGCCCAGACGCUGGUCACUCAGCUGGGACAGAUGAUGCUGACGCAGAGACAGCUAGGAGAUGCAUUUGCUGACCUCAGUCUCAAGACACCUGAGCUACAUGAGGAAUUUGGCUACAAUGCUGAAACCCAGAAGCUUUUGUCAAAAAAUGGAGAAACACUUUUAGGAGCUAUCAACUUCUUUAUCUCCAGCGUUAGAACUCUAGUCGAUAAAACAAUAGAGGACACCUUGAUCAACAUCAAGCAAUACGAGGCGGCAAGGAUCGAGUAUGACGCGUAUCGCACAGAUUUAGAGGAGCUUAAUAUGGGUCCACGUGACGCUAACACGCUGCCCAAGAUUGAGCUGUCGCAGCAGCAGUUCCAGAUUCACAGAGAAAAAUACGAAAAGAUGCGUACGGAUGUCUCGGUCAAACUUAAGUUUCUAGAAGAGAAUAAGGUGAAGGUUUUACACAACCAGCUGAUUCUCUUCCAUAAUGCCAUCGCAGCAUACUUCGCAGGCAACCAGCAGCAACUGGAUCAGACCCUUAAACAGUUCCACAUCAAGCUCAAGUUACCAGGAGGAGACAUCCCCUCUUGGUUAGAGAGCAGCACUGAUUGAACCUCCAUCUUCCCCGUAUAUUGUCAGGUGGUAUCUAUGAGGAUAGCAAAAUGCUUGAAAUAUGUACACUCCAUAAGAAAACCAAAUGUCCAAAAAAGCAAAAAUGUCUUGCAAUCAUUCCUUUCCGUUUUUCACACCUUUCAGGACACUAAAACCUGUCAGAAUGUAUAAGAUGGGAUACUAUUUUGAUAAAAGAGAGAGAUGUGUUUAGCUCCUCUCUUUGCUACAAUAUAUCUGACUUUACACUUGAUGUUCAACUUUAAGGAAAUGCGUUGUGGCCUCUGUAGAAGAGUUUACUAAAAAUAAUAAUACUCUUCUUUCUCAAUCAAUUUACCAGCACUUUAUGGUGUAAGAAAAACAAACGCACAGAUUAAUACAUAUUAAUAAAAAUGAUUUAAGAGGCCGUGUAAAUGUUUAGUUUGUCAACACAGACCAUUCCAAAUCGAACUGGUAUUUGACCAAACAAGACCAAACAUUAUCAGCUUUUUAUAGUUAAUAAUGAAGAUAAUUCUAGAUUUAAGGAAAUAAACUUGACCUUUUACCCAUUUGUAGCCCUCAGUACUGUCCACCUCUCCUAACAUUUUAUAUAACUAAUAGUUGGAUGCACAGAGGUGUAAAUAUCCAUACUGCUUACUUCAAGGGCAGGUGAAAUCUGAAUGGGGUAAUCGGUAGUAAAUGUAAAACAGAAUUGGAGUUUUAGUAUGCUUUAUUUACUGUUGUGAUACUAGAAAAGGGGUGGGAUAAUCAUAGGUUACAAAAUCUCAGUCUUAGCUUUUUUAUCUUUCAUGUUUGCUAUACAUUUUGAACCUUUUGUAGUACCCAUGGGAAGUGGAUGGGGUUUCAGUUCUGACUUGAUGUGCCUUUCUGUCAAAUUCAGUGUUGUCAGGUGUUUCAAAACCAAAAAACACCCCAUUGCCAUCCCACAGAGAGCAAAACACACAUAAUCACACAAACAUAUUUUAACCUUGCUCAGCUUUUUGCAAGACCAGCAACCUCUAUUUAAACUGCACUUGAAACAAUCGUUAUUAUGUGUAACCACUUUUUAUUCCACUUUCUCAAGUCAGGAAACUAUUUUGUACAAAAUAUAAACCAAAUUGACUUGAAAUAUAAUACUAUAGCAUCUGCCUCAGUUUUUAAAAUCUUUAUUUUGUGUUAUGUCAGAUUUUUUCCUCUGUACAUGUCAUCUAAACCAAACAAAUUCUUUCAAUCAUUCCUUUCUGCAAUGUCCAAUCAAACUCACAAGUGAUAAUUCAAAUGUAGGCAUUUUAAAGAAUUUAUAUCAUGCGGUUUGCAAAAAAGGGUAUCACAAGAAUCAAAGGAUCACUUAAAUAAAGAAAAUGGCAUAUGGAUGCCAAAAUUAUGUGUUGAAUUUCAGUUUAGUUUUAUUAGUUACUUAAAUUAUAUUCAAAACACAUUGUGAAUAUUAAAAUUAUGAAGUUGUUCAUUCUUUGCUACACCUCUGCCUUAUUACCCUUUAUUUAAUGUAAACUAAUUUAAUGUUUACUUCACUUCUGUCCCAGCAACAGACAGACACCAAUGUACAGAAAACGUGUAAGAGCUUACAUGUGUAAGCAUAGAAACACAUCUAUAUAUUUGUAAAAUCUUGUAUUUUACAUGGGUAAAAAUAAUGUUUCUCUGUGUGUUUCUUUUCUUUUUUCUCUUUACUUUUUUGAAUAUUUGUUGAUAAAUGAUGGAUUUGUAACAGGCAUUUAAAAAAGUCCUUCAUGUUGAUAAUGAAAGAAAAUAAAACUUCAUUCUUGGGU